AUGAAUAGAAAAUCAAAUAGAUCAAAAGUUACCACUGGAACGGAAAUUGUCCCUUGUCCAUCCUCUUCCAAGAAGACAUCAAAAAGGCGCUCUGAAAUAACCUGUGAUGAUGAACUAGAUCUUGUGAAAGAUGGCAGCUGGCGUUGGGCAAUAGAAAAAGUAUUCUUCUACCUCCUCCUGGUUGGCAAUGCAUUUUUCCAGUCAGAGCUGAAGGAGGCACAAAAUUUACUGAUGUGUAUGUAUUAUGUUGUACCAUCAGGCAAGCGAUUACGAUCUAUGGUGGAAGCAGAGAUGUACAAUUCUUCUUAUGAUGUUGCUGUCAAUCCCAUAUCUUGGAUUGUUUCAGAGCAGAGACUUGCACUUUGGUGGGGAAGGAACUCUACUCCAGAAGCUGUGACUACUGCUGAUGGUUAA